UCACACAUAGAAACAGAAGGAGCAGACAGCGUACACGUCUGUAUUAUCAGGUAGAUGAAGUCACAUUGAUUAUUAAUAACUGAGUCCUGUUGUGAUCCAGAUCAUGGGGUCCAUGCGGGUCCUCUCCUUCAUCGCUAACGGCUUCUACAUCUACUACCCGAUGCUGAUCGUCCUCCUCUGCAUCGCCACAUACUUCAGUCUGGGGACUCGCUGCCUCAACCUGUUGGGCUUCCAGCAGUUUGUGGGCGACAGUGAAAUGACCUCCGACCUCAUCGACGAGGGGAAGGAGCUGAUCCGACGAGAGAAAAGGAAGCGACAGAGGACUGAAGAUGGAGAGAACAGACGGAGGGAGUGGAAGGAGCGCUAUGGGAACCAGAGAGAGGAGCACACGGCGAGGAACCGGACCAGUCACGAGCUGAAGGAGACCAGCUACUCCAACACGGUGAUGAGCAGCAGCAACAGACAGGCUAAGUAUUCCCGCUCUGGGAGUCGCUCAGAGAGAGACUCCAUCGAGCUGCUUCAGGAUGCUGAACCUUUAGACUUCAACGCCGAGUCUCUGACCGACGACCCUCUGGAGGUGGAGCCUAGCAGACACGCAGGAGGACGAUAUCUGUCCAUGUCGUCGUCUCGCAGCCGAAUAUUCGACGACGUCUGACGCUGAUGAAUCCGUAGAGAUCAACAGGAAGUGAAUGUACCACAUGACCUCCAGGAUGCAUGGUAACUAGAAACAGACGUCCAGCUGUUGUGCAGCUCACUGGAGGAACGUUAAUGAAGCUCUAUUAAAACGCUCUGAGGUCCAGAUGUUGGUCCGCAUGUCAGGACAGCUGGAGUCUGAGCUGCUGCACGACCUCACGUCACUUUAAUGAAGGUUACAAUGUUUAUUUAUGUCUUUUAUUUAUUUAUCACUGAUAUCUGAUCAAUAGCUGUUCAAUCAAUCAUCUUCAUUCUCAUCAUGAAUCAAAUAUCCUGUAAUAAUCUGAAUGUUGAAACGAGUUAAUUUCAUCAAUGCUUAAUAAUUCAUGUUGUUAAAAUACUAAAAUAUGUCUUUAUUAAAAGCAUUGAAGUGUUUCACUCUGAAAACCAUCCGUCUGAAUUUAUGGGGUUUAAAUUUUCAUCUUUUAAAUCAUGUGACUUUAAGUUCAGGUGUUUUUAAAUCAUUUUAUUUAUUCUGAGACGUUUCAUUGAGAGUUAAAGCUCCACUCUCACUCCCAGUAACACCUGUCUCACUCUCAGUAACACCUGUCUCACUCUC